CUUGGUGUGCUGACUGAGACGGACGGCUUUGAUUUCGUUUGAUCAAAUAGACGAGCUGUGCGUGAGGUUUGCUGAAACAGAAUAAAUAAGUGCGGGAAUCGACCAAUGCACCUCACACACAGAGUAUGAAAGCAAUACGAAAGAAACAGGCAGUGCAACUUCAUUAUGGAAUCAAAUAAUAUUCUCUGGUUGAGGAUCUAAGAAGGGGACACCAGAAACUACCCCAGAUGCUGAAGAAAAAAGUAACGUUUAUGAAUACAGGGAACUCGUAGGUGUAGGUCCCCUAAUUAAAAGUAAUUCAGGGUACCUGCUAUAUAAAUUGGGUUGAAUGUUAUUUUCAGCAAAGAUGAAGAUUGUAUAAAACGCAGAGCUACUGGACUUUAAAGAAGCACAACUACAAAAGGAAAACUCUGGAAGUUUGAUGGAUCAUAAAUGGUGUCUUGUGGAAAUGUAAAUGUAUAUUUAAGAGUGUUGCAUCAGAGUCUUGCCAGAUUUGAGAUCAUUCAAGUAUAUCCAAUAGAGCGAUCAAACUCUUCCAGUAUACACCUAACUGAAGCCUAGACUACCAAGAUGAUGGACAACCGUUUUGCGACGGCCUUAGUGAUUGCAUGCGUCCUUAGCCUCCUGUCAGCGGUGUACCUCUGUGCUUCAAUAGGAACAGACUCCUGGUAUGAAUACCACAGCCCACCACUAGUGAAAGACAAUAGCAGUGUCGAUGUUUCCCAGCGCUGGGAAGAUUUUAACGAGAUGGAUGAGAAAGCAUAUAGUGAUGUGCUUUUCCAGAUGAAUGGGACUGUUGGAUUAUGGAGAAGGUGCAUUUUAAUGCCCAGAGACUUUCACUGGUAUCAGUCCCCAGAUCCUCAGCUGGUGACGCAGUGUGUGAGCUUCACACUUCCACAGCAGUUCACACCAAAAUACAACGAACCUGGUAACCACAACAGUGGAGACGACAUGCUAAGAACCUACCUUUGGCGCUGCCAGUUUCUCCUUCCAUUUGUCAGUCUGGGCCUCAUGUUCUUUGGAGCCCUGAUUGGUCUGUGUGCUUGCGCUUGUCACAGUUUGUAUCCUACUCUUGGGACAGGAGCACUGCAUCUAUUGGCAGGAGUGUGUACUCUGGGCACAGUGGGCUGCUACGUGGCUGGCAUCGAGUUGCUGCACUGCAAGGCAAAGUUGCCACCAGGGGUAGAGGGGACGUAUGGAUGGUCCUUCUGUUUGGCAGCUGUGUCUGCCCCACUGCAGUUCAUGGCAGCUGCCUUAUUCAUUUGGGCCGCCCGCACAAAUCGACAGGAAUAUUCACGCAUGCAGGCUUACCGAGUUGCAUGAGCCUGAGAGACAAGUGGACUUGUAGCCAUGUGAAUGCACUGUUUGUGUACUGCAGCAGUGGCGCAGUGGUCUGGCCGUGCACUGAUGAACAUUUGAGGUUUUGCUUUUUGCUGUUUGGUUGGAUCAUGGCAGGAGAAAGAAAGGUUAGUUUAACAAAAGGAGUCAGGUGGGUUACAAAAUUCAGUCUUACCAUUUAAUUGAUGGAAAUGCAAAAUGAAUUGUCUUUCUCCUCAGGUCUAGCUCUUUUCUAAUUUUAGGUUUAAACAUUUCUUGUUAUCUCCAUAACACUUAAAUUUUUGAUUUCAUAUCGUCAACAGAUGUGUGAAAACAAAUAGGAAAACGUACUUAAACCAUGAGAUGAUCCCAGAUUGCCAUGCCUGCGUUAAAUUACAGAUUGCAGUGCGGUAUGAAGACUGUAAUCAUAGGUUUAACGUGCAUAUCAUAGAUUGUAACUUGCAUACUUAAACUAAAAAAUGUACAAUAUAGACAUGUUCUUUCAACAACUGAAAUUUCUUCAAGCUAAAUUUAUUUUACUUUUCUCAACCAUCGUGUUUCUUGCCUAGCAACACUGAGAGUAAGGCCGGAAUAAACCCAGAAUGGGAUGGCACUCCAUCAAAUGCCAUACUUUCAUGCCAUUUCUUUUUUUGAAUAGGUGAAUGUCUGGUUUUACCCUUCGAGGGCACUAAUAAACCAUAAAAAAUUUUUAACAAGGGGCAGGUAAGGUAGUAACAUGCUCUCUCGGCUAAAGUGAGAAAUAUUCUGACCUUACACAGAAAGAAACGCAAGCGUAUUAUUUGCACAGUGAGUGUGUUAAAUUGCAAAUUUAGUUAUGGGGAAAAUUGAGAAAUGGCAAUUUAAUAGUUAUUUUCUCUUUUUUUCCUCUACUAAAUUUAAAAGGAGAUUAAACAGACCAAUGCCGCAUUUCAGUUUUAGUUCAUGAUGAGCAAAGACGUAACUUCUUUCGGCUGCUCCCGUCAGGUGUCGCCACAGCGGAUCAUCUUCUUCCAUAUCUUCCUGUCCUCGUCAUCUU